AUGCUCUCAGUCGUUCCGGCACUUAGUGGCGUGUCCGGUACAGCUUUAGCUGCCAUUCCCCAGCCUUCCAAUACUAGUCAGCAUGGAAUACCGUGCCAUAAAACCGACACUUUGUCAAAAUCCAGCCAGGAGAACCUAACUGCCGGCAGUAGUGCCUCCGAUGAGGACCAGUCCGAGGAAAGUGACGUCUGGGCCCCGUUGCCAAUCAGUGGCGUUUUAAGCAAGUGGACCAAUUUGCUGCACGGAUGGCAAGAGCGAUAUUUUGUCCUGUCAGAUGGAACGCUCACCUACUACCGGAGCGAGGACGAAAUCGGUCUUGGCUCACGUGGCUCUGUUCGAAUUCGAACGGCAUUUGUCAAACCACACGAGUAUGACGAUUGUCGGUUUGAGGUUCGCGUUGGCGAGCUCAUCUGGUAUCUGCGUGGAACCAAUAGCGGUCAACGCCAGAGUUGGAUUGCCGCAAUCGAACGGCAUCGAGUGGCCGAAUCUGGUUACGGUUCCGAACGGACACUUCAUCGGCCCAGUUCUCUGAUGUCACUGAACUCCGGCCAUAGUCCAAGUAUUGCCUCGGCGUCGAGUUACAAGUGGGGACAUCGAUUACGUGAGAAACUGGCCGAAAUGGAGACGUUCAAAGAGAUUCUGUGCAAACAGGUUGACUCCCUUCAAGCCUACUUCGAUGCAUGUAGUGCCGCAGUACAACACUCGUCUCCGGACCGCCUUGAAGACUGGCUCAAGGAUGACGACCAUCAAACACCAUCAGACGAAUUAGACUCCCUCGAGGAUCGAGACUCUCUGCAUCGAUACCUUGUUCAUCAGAAGCGAGGUAGUAAUUUAUACUGUGGGCGUUCGAUGUGCGAGGAUCAUCUGUGCCUUGACCACAAGGACACCAGCAACCCCCCUUUUUUCAAAUCCGAAGAAGAGGUCACACUGUUGAACCAUUCAUCUCAGCCGGACACGCCACCGACUGAACUAACCGUCGAAGAAUCGAAUACGUGUGCAAGCAGGCAGGGUACCCCUACUGUGAAACCGACUACAAACGCCCCGACAAGUGGCGGUUUCUUCUCCCGUUUUCUCCCAUCUUUUCGCAGCUCCAGUUCUACCCAACCUGUGGCUGUGAAAGCACCCCAAUCGUCUGAUGCAGAUCAAUUAUCGACAGAACACCUCCCUUGCGAGCAACCUCGCCCUUCUUGCCGCUUCAAUGACAUCCAACGCAUCCUCAAACAACACGGCGCCCAUGCUCCAGACUUUCGUGGAGAAAGUCACAUGUUCAAGGCCACUGCCGUGGGUAUCCUCACUAACCUAUCUCACACCAUCGAAUUGAUGGUGCAACAUGAAGAACAGUGGCGGAAACGCUUAGAACGUGAAGCAGAGAAGCGCCGCCGUCUCGAAGAGACUCAACGCGCAAUGGCUCAAGAAAUGGCUCAUUUGCGCCACCUAAUCGGUCUCAGCUCUGUGUCACAUUCCAAUUCGGCGACAGCGCUAUGGAACCCGUUCAUGACCAGCGGCUCAGCCCAUUUUGGCGGGCACGCCCGGCUGAAGAGUUGCGGUCAACUGGAACUGCGACAUUUACAUGCAGGUUUGGACUCAACAGGCCUGUCACAUGGCCCUGCUCCGCCGCAGACCCCAGUUACAGCUAAUCGCACCUUAUUCAAUCUUGUCGGUCCGGACUUUGAAGAAGGACCGAACUCAGUCAUCCGCGAUGAAGAAUUCUAUGAUGCGAUAGAUGCCGAGUCCGACAGAAUUGAGCAGGAUGCCGCCCGCCUGGCCGCGUUGAAGUCCGUGGGGAAAUUACUUCGGUCAGCCCAAGCUAUGCCAACAACUCACCCAUUGCACGCCGAACUGGAACAGGCUGUGACCGAACGAAUUCGGAAUUUCGCCAACACAGAUGCAUUCCAGCCACCGGGUCAACAACUACAACCUUUGCAGCAUCACCCAUCCGGUCUGGUUGAUACGUUCGGUCAGUCGGACGAUGGUACUCAGACAAUCGGGGAUUGGCAGGUCGUCACCCAAGACGGUGACAUGAUCAUUUAUAAACGUGAGGUGGAAACAGAAGAUGGUGUGGUCCUGGACCCCCUACAGGCUGUCCACACUGUUCCGGGUGUCACUGCGCGUGAAAUAUGUACCUACUUUUGGGAUGUCCAAUACAGAAUGGACUGGGAAUUCACCGUCGAUCGCCCACCAACUGUCCUCGAAGUCUGUGGCGAUGAUACCGUUGUGCUGCACCAGGUUUACAAACGCGUCUGGCCCACAACGCAACGAGAUUCCCUAUUCUGGUCUCAUCUGCGACAAGUAAGUGUACCCUUCCAGUCGUCGUCCGAAGGUAACGGCCCAGUGACUUCAGAUAGAGUCACUGUGUUGGAUAGCUGGAUGGUGGUCAACAUGUCCACUGACUAUCUGUCAGAGAAAAUUGCCGAAAGCUCCACACCGAUGAUUCGCCUAGGUCUCGAUGUGGUUCUGUUUUGUCAGACUGUUAUCGAUUCUUCAGUGGCCAUCACGCACAACGUAUCCAUUGAUUCGCUUCCACGUGAUCGCCUCCGUACUCGCCUCGUUUAUGUUGCCAACAUCAAUCCUGGUGGCUGGGUUCCGGCAGCCGGACUGCGAACCUUAGCUCGAAGGGAAUAUCCUCGGUUUUUGAAGCGUUUCAGUGCCUACGUUCAGGAACAGACCAGAGAGAAAACAGCCCUAUUUUGAACCCCUUUUUAUGCCUCAACUCCAUCGUCACACCUUGAGUUCAUUGUAAAAACCCGACUCGCUUUCAUGGACUACCAAACCAUCUCUAUUCAGGCAAACCUGUAUCAUUGUCACAUCCGUUUUAUACGACACAAUACAUCCCAGCCACCAUCCAAGCUGUGCCACCUCCUAUUCUCCAGGUUGAACACACCUUCGUAUAUCACGCUUUACUCACUCGCCAGUGCAUAUUCGCCUUUGAUCAGUCACUUGAAUGGUUCUCGUCUGCAGCUCACUUGGCCUUGUUUUUUCUCAGAGAAACGUCUCAUUUUUGACUAUCCUUGUUUUGGUUGAUCGGCUCAAAUUGAGUUUGUUGUUUUGCCCAAAACGCGGGGAGUUUAUGGAGACAUACUGUGAUUACUUGUAUCCUGUAUCAACUCGUCAACUUACUUAACUGUUCUCUACCCUCCAUCCCCGGGGAAACUGCUCUCUACCAAUCGUCUUUAUAUUUCAGUUCAGAGAAAUGGCUGCUUGUGAUUUGAUGCCGUAUUUACAGUUUCGAAUUACCAAUAUACAUAUUACUGUAAUUGAUCAGUCGAC